AAAUGUGAUUAUAGAAUGCACCAACUUGAUCUUAGUUUCGAUUUACUGUUUCACACGCAAAAGCGGCACUGACUGGAAAACAUUGAUUUCUUGAUCUAUCUGUCUGCUGAGAGCUUCGAAUCUACAUCAUCAUGUCUCAAGAACAAGAAAAAAUACCCGAACAAAUGACACCAAUGUGUGGUGGUUGGACCAAGGUUCCAGAUGGAGAAGUGAAGAACCUUCAAGGGCUUCUUGAUCAGGUACGAGAGGCAGCUCAGGUUAUAGCAAAGAGGACCUUCACAGCCCUGGAACCCUUGAGUGGUUCUUCCCAGGUCGUCGCUGGUUAUAACUAUCGCAUCAGGGCCUAUACUGGAAAUGGACCGAAUGGUGACUUUGCGAUCUUUGAGCCUCCCGGCAACGGCGAGGUCUCUUUAACCAGCUACAGAGAUGAACCCACGACAUAGACACCGACCGAAUAGAAUGGAAUAUCUGUCUAUCAGACCAGAUACAAAGUCUCCAAUCUAGAACUUAAAUGUUUAAAACCCUACGCUAGAUAUGAUAACAAAACUAGUCAAGUUAAAAUGGCCCUUUCUCUCAUUUUCUCCUUUCCUCCUUCAUAGCUGUCCCCUCCCCGCCCACCCCUUCCCACCGCCGCUAUUUUUGUGGAUUUAACAGUCAUGGAUAAUAAUUGAUGCUGAGGAAACACCUUGGGCGUAGAGCGGGCGUCGGGUUUGGUUUGAUUUAUAAAAGAGGGGGAGGGGUGCCUCAGAGAUUUUCUAUUUUUUUAAAACUUUGUGUUGUUUGUUUUUUAAUCACAGCAGAAGACAGUGCAUAUAUUUUAAGUCGAUGUAACAUAGCGUUACAAGCAUAUCCUUCGCACUGAAUAUUGCAGAUUUAGGUGAGAAAUCACUCUUUGGCGUAAUCAUUAUUGUAUUCGUGCAUUUCAUUUCAUUUAUCUCCACUUCUCAUUAAAAAAAACAUAUAACAAUUUACAUACAAUAUGUUAUUAACACAAUAAAACAAGAAAAUAGCAUAACAAUAUUAGAAGAAUUUAAAGCACCUAUAAUGUAUACUUGAGACUGUGGUGGAGCCAUCAAAGGCCAUUGACCUAUCUAGGUCUGGUCUCCAGGAAUAAAUUAAAUACAUGUAGUUAAGUUCUGUGUGGCCACGCCUUGAACCAUAAUGCAUGGCCCCACAGAGGAAU